AUGAUGCGACUCGCUUUCUUGACCUUGGCACUGCUGCUGAUCACCACCCAUGCUGUCAUGGGUGAGUCGGCGAGCUCCGAUGCAUGGGCAGACUCGCCAGCAGCGUCACAGCAAGGCACGGGAUCAGCAGACGAAGCGUACUCUCCUCCGACGGGCUACUCUUUCCGCUCCAACGACAGCUGGACUCGCCGAUCAGCCAAGAGCGUAUUCGGUGCGGGCUGUCGUUGGGACCCGACAUCGUCGAACAUCGUCGAGGUGAGCUACACGUUUCGCACUGGGCAAGCGCCUCCGUCCACCUGGUUCUCCCACGUCGGUGUGCCGGCUGCUGGCAGCGCUAGUGAUCUUCGUCGUCGCACUGCUGGCUCCUCACCAUCUUCUACCUCUGACGACUCGCUUAAGUCCGAGGAUUCGACUCAGGAAGGUUCUUCAGAAAGUUUCGACACGUCUCUCAUCGACGUCCUAACCUAUCGUGCGCGGUACGGUUCGUUCGGCACCUCUCUCAACGAUGCUGGUUGUGCGUUGCCCUCGAUCUCUGCCCGUCUCGCCUCGCUCGAAGCCGCCGAGCGUCAGCUGAUCAACAACUACACGCUUCAACACAAACCCCUCGCUGGGGUGGACGACACGCCAAACGCAAUGUUCUUCUGGGCCGGCCUGUCGAACUACAACCCCUCGAUCCGGUCGGAUCUCAUCCAGACGGUCGUCUUCUACGGCGACGGGUGCGCUGCUGAUCCACGCCAAGGGUUGUGCGUCUACGCAGCGGAAUACUCGGCGUUUCGAUACGAUGAGAAGGACCACAUGUGCAUGGGAAGCAACAUGCCGGUGUUCUACCCCGUGGAGACGGGGAUGAAGGUGGUGUAUCGGACGCAGAGGGGGUUUAGGACGCAGGAGGCGUGGAUAGAUGGAAAGAUGGUUAGCUAUUUGAGAAGUGCAGGGGACCAGGUGAUGAACAGCUUUGUCAUUACGCAGGAGUGCAAAGGAUGUCAAUGGCCGUUGACGGAACAGGUGUACGAGGGGAUUCGGAUCAGGUUCAGCGAGAAGGAGGAGGGAUUUGAUGGGUUGGGACUGUGUGAAGGGGGCGCGACGGCGAGCACGCCAAGGAGCGAGGAUGGCGGGAAGGUGUGGGUCAUCGACGAGGUCAGAGUGCCGAGUGGGAGGCAUGUAACUAGCCAGGAGGGCGUUGGCCAGGCUUCGGCAGCGCAAGGAUGA